AUGCAGAAAUUAUUUCCAGGUCUUAUUGAUUCUGCCCAUCGCGCCAUCCUUGAGCGCGUGAGUGGCGCCAUGACAAACGCAGUCUUCUUUGUGACAGUCAACAAGAAGCGUUUCCUGAUGCGUGUCUAUGGCCAUGGCUGCGAGCAAAUCCUAGACAGAGAAAACGAACUGGCCUGGCUUGCUCGUCUCUCCCACCUUGGGCUGGGACCACGCAUGCUAGGGAUCUUUGGAAACGGACGAUUUGAAGAGUACCUUCAGUCAACCACUCUGUCGUAUUCCGAUAUGCGCCAACCUUUUAUCUCCGAACAAAUUGCUAGCCGUCUUUGUCAGUUACACACCAUUGUAGAUAUUUAUCCACCGUCUGCCAAAGAGGCACGCCAAUUGUCUGUCUGGCAAAAUGUACACAAGUGGCUCGCGGCCAUUCAGGACGUCCUACCUGAUCUUAUGAAAAAGAAUGAAAAGUGGGCAGCAGAAUUGGAACUUUUUGAUAUCGAUCUAUUAAAAGAAGAAAUCGAUAUAUGUCAGCGCCUCCUCAAGACAAUCCAAAGUCCAAUCGUAUUUGGGCACAAUGAUACACAAUAUGGAAAUAUUCUCAAAUUAGACACUACAGGCGAGUUGGUUGUAAUCGACUUUGAAUAUGCAGGCUACAACACUCGCGGAUAUGAAAUCGCAAACCAUUUUUGUGAGUGGAUGUAUGACUAUCACUCCGAGUCUCCAGCAUCUAUGAAAGUCGAUGCUUUCCCCACUCAGGAAGAACAGAAACGAUUCUUAAAGGCCUACAUUGCCACCAACAACCUCAAGUCUUCUGUUGAUACCCUUCAAAAAGAAGCCUUGAUUUGGGUCAUGGCUAGUCACUUGUCAUGGGGUCUCUGGGGUCUUGUGCAGGCAAACCAAAGUGACAUCGAUUUCGAUUACUUUCUCUAUUCUAUGCAGCGACUUGGCGCCUUCCGCCAAGAGCUUACUCACUGGUCAUCUCUUGAUUAA